AUGUAGAGAAUCUUUGGUUGGUUUAUAAAAGGAACAAGGCAUAAAGUUAAACAUGAUAGUUAUAUUGUUUAUAUUUAAAUGUCUGCGAAUCAUUAAGUUGGGGCUUUUGCUUUUGUAGAAAGUGAAUAUCCUUCUGAAGGAGUUAUUUAUGGGUGCUUAUCGAAAAGCUUAGAUGCCUUUUUUUAAAAAAUAACUAGCACAUGGUAAAGUAUAUAAAAUGAUGAUAAAAUUGAUGUUUAAUAAAUCUAGUAGUAUAUAAAAGAAUAUUAAGAUGUGAGAAAUGUCGAUAAAUUGGCCUCAGCUUAAAGUAAAGUUGAUGAAAUUAAUGUUAUUUUACAUUAAAAUAUUAAAUAGUUGCUUGCUAAUUAAGGAGAUUUGGAUUAAUUAGUGGAAAAAAGUAAAGACUUAAAUAAAGCUUCUAAAACUCUAUAUAAAUAAUCUAAAGGAAUGAAAUAAUCUUGUUGCAUAAUAUUUUGA